GCAUUUACCAGUAGCAGAUGUUGUUGAUGGUGGCGUAGGGUGGCAGCUGGCGGCACCGUCUCCCAUUUUACUCUUUAGACACUUGCGAGGUACACGUCACUGGUCACUACGUGGAGUCAAGUCAAAGGGCAGCGGGAAGAGGGGAGGAAGAGGACAGCAGAGAGCAGAGGAGCUGAAAGCAGACGGAAAGGAGAUAAGGCAUAAAAAUGAAUCAUUGGAGCUUAGCCCUGGGGUUGGUAUUGGGCGUGCUGGCGCUAAGAGAAGCCACUGCUCACACGCACCACCUGCACAAUGCCCAGAAAGAGCGAGAGGCAGAUGGUACCAGGACCCCACGAGACCACGGCCAUUAUAGCAAUGGGGAACACAAUGCUGAUUUCGACCAUGAAGCAAUUCUAGGCAGCGUCAAGGAUGCAGAGGAAUACGAUCAACUCCCAGCUAUGGAGGCGAAAAGACGGCUGGAGAUCCUUCUUGUGAAAAUGGACCGCGAUAAUGACAAACAUAUUGAUCGUAAGGAACUCCAUUCUUGGAUUCUUCGCUCUUUCAGAAUGCUGUCAGAGGAAGAGAGUUCCGAGCGCAUGGAUGAGGUGGAUGAAGAUGAAGAUGGAUACGUCACCUGGGCUGAGUACAUUGCCGAAACCUAUGGCAUCAAGGCAGAGGACCAGCAGCUCCUAGACCAGGAGGAUCAAGUUGAAGAACAGAGGCUCUUGCGUGAGGACCGACAGUUAUUCAAUGCUGCAGACAAGAACAUAGAUGGAAGACUAGACGAUAUGGAAUUCCUAGCCUUCUCACACCCAGAGGAGAGCCCCGACAUGCUUCCCAUUAUCCUGCAGCAGACACUAGAGGAGAAGGAUACCAACAGCGAUGGUCUCAUUGACUUCCAGGAAUACAUUGGCGAUAAAGGGAAAGAACAAGACCGAGAGUGGCUGCUUGACUGAGAAGGACAAGUUCGACAACGACCACGAAAAGAUGGCAACGGCAUCCUUGACCGCAAUGAGAUCCUGGCCUGGGUUGUUCCAACAAAUGAGGACAUAGCAGAGGAUGAGGUGGAUCAUCUGUUUGCCGCGGCAGAUGACGACAAUGAUGACUUGCUGUCCUUCUUGGAAAUCCUCGAUCACCAUGACGUGUUUGUAGGCUCGGAAGCCACAGACUAUGGCGAUCACCUGCACAACCUUGAUCGCUUUGAUGACGAAUUGUGAGGCUGUGACGGGUAUCUCGCAGAUAGAUAGGCCUAGUUGUGAGAACGGAAAGUAGAGAGUUGUUCUACACUAUGUUGAUCAGUGUCAAUGGGAACUGCAUGGUAGCUCUGCAAGAAUGAAGUGCCCCUGUGCUGCUACGGAGGUACUUUACGGGAUUAGUGUGUGUCACUUCCCCUUUUGUUAUUAGUGUUGUUAUUUUAUUCUGAAAUCUUCAGUGAAUUUUAGUUAUGCAGUCCAGAAAGAAUACCUGUUAGUAAUUUAUAGUGCCUGUAUAUGCAUUUAUCAUUUGUUUGGGCAUUAGGAAAGGAAGUGUGAAUGCAUUAGUUACAAAUCUUGCUGUAUAUUCCAUCUUGCAAGAUCCAUUUUGUGUGUUUAUUGAAAACAAUAUGCCUUCCUCAACCCUUUGAUGAAUCUUUGUUUUUUGAUAUCAUAUUGAAUGAUUGUUAUUAAUUUAUUGAUUGUCUUUAAACUAAAGACUUAUAUUGCUAUCCAACAUUGAUAAAUUGGAAUACACCUACUUUUAUGCUAACUUGGCAGAAUAUUGUCUAUUUAGUAUCCAUUUUGAAAAAUAAUCAUUCUAGAGUGAUCAAGUCAAAAUACAAAAUGUAAACACAUUAUUGUGUCUAAUGAAAGCCACUUGGACAAUUUUUUUUUUCUUUUUUUCUUUCUUAUAUAAACAAAUUGCUACAGUUUAAGGGUAACCAGGUUAGCUUAAAAACAGUUGUUUUAACAUUAUGCUUUUGAAAUUGAACACAUGUAAUUUGAGUCCAGUUGAUGUCUAUGCAGCAAGCCUUCAUACUAUGGGGUUUUAUGAUCAGGUCAUUUCAGUCGUGUGACCUGUACCUAAUCAAUUCAGGUUUCCAAAAAGGCUUCCAGGGUGACAUCCUUCAGGAAAUCACGAGUCUUCUCAAGUGUCAUGCAAUGCUACUUGGCAUCUUAAGACUUUCUCUUGCAUAGAUGACAACCUCUGGCCCAAUCAUCAAUACGCACAGCUGGAAGUUGUGUGUCCAGUUGCAAAAGUGAAUCUCAUAUAUUGUCUUUUCAGUGUAUAUUUAGGCACACUGUUCAAAUUUUGACUCGAGCAAUGAUACAAUAACUGUGUAGAUUUGACAUGACUACCAGUAUUUAUUUUGCACUUUCACUGCCGAUUCUUUUUUGUACUUUUCCUUUUUCCUUGGAUGGUUUCUUUUUGAGACUUCACUUGUGCAUUUUCUAACCACUUUUGCACCUUGAAUUUGCAUUUGCAAGUGCCUGCCGUCUUGUGUUGUGCUUACUCCUAAUAAUUUUUUUCUUUAAAUUUUGGUAAUGAUGAGUAAUGACUGUGAAAAGUAUUGUUUUAAAAUCAAAACAGAAGUUAUUUUUUUAAAACUAAUAACUCUUUUGUAAGUUAAGUUUAACAGAUUGCUUUGGACAAGAUACUGAGUAAUAAGAUGAGUGCCAUUAACAUGAAACUUACUUUGUGUCGCAGGGUAAAAUUAAUUCUAGCAAGGGUCAGUACAAUUCUGUUUUCAGUUUGUCAGAUGAUAAAGAAUAUUGUUCAAGCAAAUUUAUAGUUCUACAACAGUUAGAUGGGUAACAUAUGAUAAAUUUAAAUUAAAUACAUGACUUAUAGCAUUUCCAAGUCUGAAAAGCAGAAAGAAAUGUGAACUUUGUACACAUGCUUUUAUUUCUAUUUUUUUGUAUCCAAGUGCCAUAUGUCCAGCUGGGCACUGGGCUUAAUAUAUUGUUUUGAUUUUUU